AUGUCACUAUUAUCAACAAGCAGAGAAGCUCAAAAGCUAGGAGGCACAUCGCCUCAAGCCAUCUACGUCGCAACCGGUUUCGGAGCUGCCGGUGUCUUUGUUAGAAUUUGGGCGUUAGGAUUACAAGGACGUCCAAUAUCUUCCAGGCCACAUAUACAUGCUCUCUUCUUUGCUGCAUUUGCCGGAUUGGGUGUCCUUGUGCACAAUUUUGAAAGAAGUCAACUAGACAAACUGGAAUUUGAACGAGAUAAGCUGGUCAAGAGAAGGAUGAUGCGGCUGGCUGCUGCUGAACAAUAA